AUGGAGCAGCAAGUAGCCAGGCUUGUAGAAAAGGCGUGGGAUAAGUUCCAAAAGACGCCCGAGGAGAAACGCCUUUUAACAACCCGCCUGAACGCCCGCGCCAAAACCCUCGACCCCUCAGACCCAACCCGCACAUCCCACCCGCCCGCGGCAUUCGUCCCCAUGGACGGUUACCACCUCACCCGCGCCCAGCUCUCCGCCAUGCCCGACCCGGAAAAUGCCCACGCCCGCCGCGGCGCCGCCUUCACCUUCGACGGCGCCGCCUUCCACAAGCUCGUCACGUCCCUCCGGGAACCCCUGAGGGCCGACUCCUCACCGAUAUACGCGCCGAGCUUCGACCACGCCGUCAAAGACCCCAAGGAGGACGACAUCGCGAUUCAGCCGUACCACCGCAUCGUUGUGUUCGAGGGAAACUACCUUACGCUCGACAAGUCGCCGUGGAGCGACGCUGCGAAGCUUAUGGAUGAGCUAUGGUUCGUAGACGUUGACUUUGAGGUGGCGAGGAAGCGCUUAAUAGGGAGACAUGUUAAGGCAGGCAUUGCAAAGAACGAGGAGGAAGCUGACAAGAGGGCAAGAGAAAACGAUCUGGUGAAUGGGAAGGAGAUUGUCGACUUCCGCCUUAAGGUCGAUGAGGUUGUUACCAGCCGAGAAGAUGACGAAUGGGUUCACGAAUGA